GAACAAAGAAAUCUCAGAAGUUAUCAAAAGUUUGGAGAAACCUAUCGGUUGCUGCAAGAGGCAGAGUAGAUGCGCAUAUGUUUCACCCAGCGCCGCGUUCUCUCUUAUCUUUCAGGAUAAUAACCAUUCUUUCUCUUUUUUUUUACCAGUCGUUCGGUUCAUCUUUCUCGAACUCCGGUUUGUUUCAUUGUUCAAAUAUAGGCACGGUUCCGUUGGGUUACUUGUUUCUAUGAAAGAGUUGCCCGCAAAAUAGGCUAUAUUCUUGUUUUAUUUUUUUUUAGAAUAAAUGUAUGGAUGUUUUCCAGCUGAAUUGCUCGGAAAAUCAGAGUGCGCUUUCCUUAAGUACUUUUCUUAUGGUGGCAUCGUUUCCCCGAAGUGGUUUGAUAGCCUACUCCUUCGGAUUUUUUGUAUUUAUUGGAGGCUAAUAGGCCUACUUAAUUAGAAGAAUAUGCCUAUCAUUUGAUCACUUGUGUUUACCGUUUUUUGAUAUGAUUGCGAGAUGCAUGCAGUUUUUAAAGAGAAGUCGAGCUGGCUGCGCAAUUGGACCGCUAAUUUUGACACCUCUGCUGCCGAGUAACCAUGUCAUUAUGUGGCUAAUCAACUAGACAAAAAGGUGUGCUAUUCUCAGAAGGGGCUAAGAAUCUGUGAGAGGGUGAUUCCAUAAGCCUUGGGUGUUUGGUCAUAUGAGGGUACACUCUGCCUAGGUGAAUCCUACUUCUUCCACCCAGAGGAGGCCAGUCGAAUGAAGAGCAUGCUGCCCCAAAAGAGUCCUGUCACCACAAUGGUCUACAGCUCAGACUGUGUGAAGACUGAACACAGCAAUGGCGGCUCAGUGGGUGGCACCGUGAUGAGAGGCUCCCGUUCGAAGGCGGAGCUGCAGGACUUGAUGGAGACUCUGCAGCGCAGGAAGAGUGCUCUGGAGGCUAGCCUCAGGGCCAGCGCAGAAUCUACCCGCACCUACCUUAGCCUGCCUCCUCCCAGCCCUGUGUCUCCCACAGCCCACGGGAGCGCCAUGCGCCCCCUCUCCUCCAGGGGCCUCCCCUACAUGACCAGCAGCAGCAUGCCCCCCUCUCCUCGCCAGGGCGAGCGUCCUCUCAGCCCCAACCCGCCAUACACACGCUCACGCCACCAAUCACAGGACAGCCUGCUUCUCGCUAACUCCUCUGAUGGUCGCCGCCCCCCUGUAGCCAGUUCUCUGCUGUCCAUGUGGAAUGGUUCCUCUUCCUAUGGGGAGCCUGCCCCCCGUCCACCUCGGGGCCACAGCGGGGCGGCCAGCAUGCCCUCCAGCCCUCGUCUUGGCCGCAGGCUAUACGCCCAGGGUCGGAACGUGGACAAUGCUAUGGACCCUGCACCACGUCAGAGGAAGUACUCUACAGGGUCACUCAAUGGCCUGGGCUCUACCCACAGUCGCUCUCUACCCCGCCUCCACCGGUCGGCUGACUCCCCGGCUCUGUCCCUGCCACCACGCCGAUCCAUGGGCUCCCACCGAGGGGAGAAGGUUUCUGUGUCCUUCUCCUCUAAGUCGAGGCGCAACCUGUUUUCUCUGGAGCGGCCGCCAGACGUGACUGUGCCAGCCACAGCCAGUGUACCGGGUACUCCCCGCCGGGCUAGCCUGGCCUCUCUGGGCUGUGAGCUGGAGGGAGGGGGCCUGCAGGGCUCCUCACCCUGCCUGGACCUAGGCCUGGGGGAGAGGAUGCUGUCCUUUGGGAAGGGAGGACUGGGGCCGGGAUCGAGGAGGGGCAGCAUCAGCUCUCUGAAUGGGAAGGAGGAGCUGAGAGACUACCACAUGCACCAGAGAGACGAGAGGCUCAGAGAACAGGAGGUGCAGAGACUGGAGCGCCAGCGGCUGGAGACCAUCCUGAGCCUGUGUACUGAGCUGGGCCGUGUGGAGCGGGACCAGAGAGGCUUGGCCGUCUCCGACCUGCAGAAGAUCAACAAGGAGCUGGAGAAGUUGCAGGUGUCUGAUGAUGAGUCGGUGUUCUCCGACUCCCCUGGCAGCGUCAGCGGCACUGCCCCGGAGAACGGCUUUGGCACCAGAGCCGAGGGAUACCAGUUGGCAGAGGAGCGGCAGGUCCGCGAGCGCCAUCGCAGCGGGCACAGGGAUGCCAGCAGGGCCCAGUCACCUGCUCUCAGCCUGCGCAGCAGUGCCCCCUCACCCUCCCCUCACCAUAGAGCCAAGCAGCAGGCUGCGGAGGAUGUGCAUCUGAAACAGGAAGUGAGCCGUAUUGAGGAGGAGAGGAUCCAGGUUCUGAACAACGUAGAGGAGGUGGAGCAGAAGAUCAAAGACCUGGACAACCAGAUGGAGGAGUCCAUCAGAGAGAUGGAGGUGGAGCGGGCUCUGCUGGAGGGUGAGCAGGUCUCUGAGAUGGCCCUGCUACAGAGGGAGAAGGAGGUACUGGACCAACUCAAUGAGAAGAUUGGCAGCACUGACAAGACUGCCCUCGCAGAGAAGUCCCAGUGUAUGUGUAUGCAUAUGUGCGUGCCUUUGUGUCUGUGCGUAUGUGCCUAUGCAUUUGUGGGUGUGUGUGUGUCCAUGACUAUGCAGGAGAAAGCCUUGCUCGAUGCUGAGAGGGUAAAAGUAGAGAGGCUGUCAGAGCUUGUCUCUGAGCAGAAGACCCAGCUGGACAACUGUCCCGAGGCGCUCAAGGAGCAGCUUCAGCAGCAGCUCUCCAGGGAUGUGGAGGUACUGGAGGCUGAGAGGAAGUGGUUUGAAGACCUGGAGUUCCAGCAGCUGGAGAGAGAGAGUCGUCAGGACGAGGAGAAGGAGGGUCGGAACCAUCAUGUACUCCGAGAGGUAGCAGAUUACCAGCGUAGUACUGUCACACGCAAGGAGAGACUCCUGACCCUGAAGAAGCAGUCCACACAGAUUACCCAGCAGUCUCAGCGAGAGAAGGACAACUUUCUGAAAGAGAAGAACAACCUGCUCCUCAUGCUUCAGAGGGAGAGGGAGAACCUGGCCUCGCUGGAGAGGAAGUAUGCUGAAGUGACUGGAGGGCAGGCCUUCCCUAACAACCCUGUUGCCAUGAAAGAGCACUUCCGCUCUCUGGAGGAGAGGAGGCGGGGCAGUAAGGAGAACUCUCACCUCAGUGACAAUCUCCGUAAGAGGAGCCAGCAGCCCCUCAGUCACUACAGCAACUCCACACUGGGCCGCAGCCUGUCCUCUAAGUCCCACGUGCCCCUGUCCCAGAGCUCCAGCUGUGGUAGUGCCAUCCCCCGGGGCCUCUCUGUCUCUCCCCGAGAUCUGGAAUCUCAACGCCUGCUCAAGGCAGGCCACAGCCACCUGUACGCGAGUGAGGACCGACAGAGACUGGUUGACCUGUGUAGCAGGACCGUCUCAGAGUCCAACGUCUUCCUGGACUCCUUCCACUACGCAGACAACGGCCAUGCCUUCGACACGCUCAGCGUGGACAGCUCUGACAGCAUGGAGACCAGCAUCUCUGCCUGCUCCCCAGACAACAUCUCCAGUGCCAGCACAUGCAACGUAGCGAAGAUUGAAGAGAUGGAACGUUUGUUACGAGAGGCCCAGGCUGAUAAGAAUCGUCUCCUUGAGCACAGGGAGCGUGAGAUGGAGUUGCGCAGGCAGGCCCUGGAGGAGGAGCGGCGGAGGAGGGAGGACCUGGAGAAGAGACUGCAGGAGGAGACCAGCAGGAGGCAGAAGAUGAUCGAGAGGGAGGUGAAGCUACGUGAGAAACAGAGGGCACAGGCCCGGCCGAUGACACGCUACCUCCCUCAGAGGAAGGAUGACUUUGACCUCCAUGGUCACAUCGAGGCAGCUGGACACAACCCAGACAACUGCUACCACCUGGCCAUCACUGACAAAACCUGCAGAGGGUUCCUGGUCAAGAUGGGUGGCAAGAUCAAGACCUGGAAGAAACGCUGGUUUGUCUUCGACCGGAACCGCAGGACCCUGGUCUACUACGCAGACAAACACGAGGCCAAGAUGAAAGGGGUCAUCUACUUCCAAGCCAUAGAAGAGGUUUACUAUGAUCAUUUAAAGAAUGCACACAAGAGCCCGAACCCAUCGCUGACGUUCAGCGUGAAGACCCAUGACAGGGUGUACUACAUGGUGUCUCCCUCCCCUGAGGCCAUGCGCAUCUGGAUGGACGUCAUCGUCACCGGGGCUGAAGGAUACAUGCAUUUCAUGGUCUGACAAAUCAACAGGAAAUAUCCUCUCCUCCAGUUCCAUCGCUGCCUCAAAGACAAAGCAAUGUGACUGGUCAGGAUUGAGAAUCUGUGACCCAAGCACAAUACCCUCCUGGUUUUUUACUUUACAGCCACUUUCAAUUCAGUCUCACUUCAGUGAGCCCACCUCUCUCCUCCUCUGGGACUGAUGUGAUGGUAAUCUGAUACUUCAGUUUGGCAAUGAAUUACUUCCUCUGGGGGAUUAGGUGUCCAGUGUUGCUUGUUCAUUUGGAAAGGACAAUCUAGGAAGAUUCGAAUACUUAUCGUUUUGUGUGUGAGAAGCCUUUUGGCACAAUCACAUGGUUUACCCUCAUGAUAUUUUGAGACCGUUAAUGACCCUGAGUCGCUGUCUAGGGUGUUUUAUGCAGCCGGAUAGGCUAACAGUGUACUAGAGGUUACUGUCUCGUCCUUUCCAUCAUCCAAGUUGAGCCGGCUGUUGAUUGGUCAACCAAAGCUCUCCAUCUGUUUUCCUUCCAGCUGGACAGUCCCCCCUCGUGCCAAACCUUCCGGGGGACUGUCUAGCAUCUGCACAGACUGAGAGGACAACAGCACCCUCCAUUGGAGAACCCAAGGUGAUGCACAUAACUGAUAUGCGUCUUUUGUACCUUACUGUUGAGAAGGAACGUGGGGUCGACAGGGGAAAUCCUAAAACGCCGGAGACUUGAAGGGUUUGAAAAGUACCUCUCUCAUCACUAUGUACCAAAGACAUACUUAUUUGUAUUUGUAUGUACAUCAUGUAAAUGGAACCUAAAGGCUCUGCAAAUGAAUACUUUCAGGGUGUGGGAGGCGUUGACAAUCUGUGUGCAUGUAUAUACAUUUAGUGUGUGCCACAGCUAAAUAAGUUGGCAAAAACAUUCCAGGGCACUUAAAAUACUGGUUCAAACUAAAUGUCUUAAUCGAACAUUGUAUAUUGUGCCUUUUAUGUAAGUCCAUCUUAUGACAGGUUGUGUAAUAUCAGGCUAUCAGUGGGCUGGGUGCAGCUCCCUACCCAAUGAAUGGGCUCAUUAAUUUUGGGAAAGCUUUAGAAGGCCUUGCAUUGCUCCUAUUGUAAAGCACCAUGUGAUGUUGGAUGUCAUUGAUGUCCUUAGCGUUGGCCUGUUUUUAGUUAUUACACAGUCGCUGUAAGACCUGUGUAGCGCUAUAAUAGUUAUUGCUUUUAAAAUGACUUUUUGGGGGGGUGGGUCACAAGUAAUGGAACAUGUAUUUAUAUUGGUUUAAUUGUAUCUGCUCUUCUUUUUUGUUUGUUGACAAAUGUAUAAAUAUAUGUUCAACUAAAGAGCAAAGCAAUCUCCAGUGUUCUGGAAUGAUUUAUAUUGAAGUCAAAAUGGAAAGAAAAAUGUGAUUCUACUUAUUUGACCCAGUUAUCUUAGCUGAUGUAUUUUGAAUUACUGUGAUCAAAAAUGUAUUAUUCUUUUUAAGACCCAAUGACACUGAAAUGGCUCCCUCGGUCACGGUGAGCUCAUAGGUAGCAAGUAGUUGCAUGGUCAAUGAGGUUACUGGGAGAGUGCACACGAGACCAAAGGGUGUUGAGGUGACGGUUGAUUAGCUCAUAGGGAAUUUUUCACCGUGUUCUGAAGGGGACUGACUAGUUCCUUUGGAUAAAAGCAUCUGCUAAAUGGCAUUUAUUAUUAUUAUUAUUAUUAUUAUUAUUACUUGUGACCAGUUGACAUGUCAAGCAGGAACCCUCAAGCUCGGCCUGUGUGACUACACAGUAUGGGCACACUUCCAAGUAUUUUCCAUAUGUGUACCAAGGAAACGAUCACUUUUAUGCAUUUAAAAUAUAUAUACAUUUGAUAUUUUUAUAUGAACAGUGGUAAUUCAGAUGUUAUUUUUAAUCCUGCAUGUUUUUUUUUUUAUACAAAUGUAAGAAUAAAUCAUAUGUUUACUAA